GGGGGGGGCGGGAUCACGUGAUUUCGAGGAAGCGGCCGCCGCGGCAGCAGGGAGGCGGCGGGGAAGGAGAGAGACGCAGGGCGCCGGGGGGGGCCAUGGCGGGACGGCGGCGGCUGCGGCCCUGGCUGGUGGCGCAGGUGGAGAGCGGCCGCUUCGCCGGGCUGGAGUGGGACGACGGGACGCGCAGCGCCGUGCGCAUCCCCUGGAAGCACGCCGGCAAGCACGACCACGGCCCCCGCGACGCCGCCUUCUUCCAGGCGUGGGCGGAGUUCAAGGGGAAGCUGCGCCCCGGGGCCCCCCCGGACCCGGCCGGCUGCAAGACGCGGCUGCGCUGCGCCCUCAACAAGAGCCCCGAGUUCGCCGAGGUGCCCGAGCGCUCCCGCCUCGACGGGCCCCGCCCCUACAAGGUGUACCGCCUGCUGCCCGGCCCCGCCCCCCGCGGUGGGCAGCCCCCCCGGCGCGCGGGGCCCCGCCCCCGGCAGGAGGCAGCCGCCAGCCCCCCGGCGACGACCCCCCCGGAGGCGCCCGCCGAGCCCCGGCCCCACGGCGAGGCGGCGCCUUCGCCCGGCCCCGAUGACGCCAAGGCCGCCGACCCCCCCCCGGACGCCCGGGCCCCUCCGCCGGCCCCGCCCCUGGCCCCGCCCCCGGCCCUGCCCCCGCCCAGCCUGGACAUCGUCAUGGAGAGCCCGGAGCCCCUCCCCCCCGCCCAGGGGGGGGCGGCGCUGGGGCUGCGGCUGUGGCUGGGGGGGGCGCUGGCCUGGCGGGGCUGGCUGCCCCCCGGCGACUACCUGCUGACCCCCCGCGGGGACCCCGCCCCGCCCGGGGGGGGGGGGCGGCGGCUGCUGCUGCCCCGCCUCCUGCUGCCCGCCCCCGAGGAGCCCCCCCCGGCCGGGGGGCCGCUGCUGGCCGCCCUGCGCCCGGGCCUGCUGCUGGCCAGCACCCGCCGGGGGCUCUUCGUCCGCGCCCGCGGCCCCGCCCCCCUCUUCUGCGCCCCCCCCCCGCCCCACGGCGGCGGCGGCGAGCCCCACGGCGGCCCCCCCCAGCCCCAUAGCGGCCCGCUGGAGCGCGGCGCCGUGGUGCAGGUCUUCGACGCCCAGCGCUUCCGCCGAGAGGUGGAGCAGCACCGGGCCGGCUUGGGCCCCCGCCCGCAGCCCCGCGUCACCCUGGCGCUGGGCGAGCAGCUGGGCCCCGGCGACGGCCCCGAGCGCGGCGCCCUCGUGCUCCAGCUGGAGCAGGCCUUCGCCCAGCAGCUCCUCGAGGGCCCCACGGCGCUGCCCCACACCGCCUGAGCGGGGCGGGACUUCCUGCCCCGCCCCCCCACCAGCAGCGAGGGGGCGGGACUUCCUGCCCCGCCCCAGCACUACAGUGUCCCCAGCCCCACGGCGACGCGACGCGACCCACUGCGGCCCCCCCGGAGCUGCUCACCUGCGUCCGCGCCGGGCGUGGGGCCGGGCCGCCGUGGGGCGGAGCAGCGAGCGCGGCCCGGCCCCACACGUGUGGGGCGGGGGGGGGGGCCGCGAAGCCCGCGAGAAUAAAGCCGAGAGCGGCCA